AUGGAUAAUGGAACCCCGAAAAUAUCUCCGAUUUCGACAACAUCGACUGCCUUUAGUGACGCUGUGGACCCAUGGCUCAGCAAAGCCAACUUCUAUCAUGGUUAUUUGCCCAGAGAGGAUAUAGUUUACCUAUUGAAGAAACAUGGCGACUUCAUCGUGAGGACCAGUGAGGUGGACUCAUCAACAUCAAAUGAAAAGAAGAAAGAAACUGUCGUUUCGGUACUUAUGGAUCCAGAAGGGAAGUUUGCCGAGACACCUUUAGGUGAAGGUCGUCAUUACAUGGUACGUAACGUCAUAAUUUACCACAAGGAUCUGCGGUUCUACUUCGAGCAUACGGUCACUUUCCGAUUUCUGCGGGAUUUGUUCGCCUACUACUCGUCUCAUGCUGUACGCAUCAAUAAUGUAUGUGAUACUGUCAUC